UUUCUUAACAAAGUAUCCAUCAUCCACUAUUUUUCAGUUGUUUGGCUACAGAAUUUAGCCAGGAGACUUCUGUACUAAGGGGGAGCCAGAAGAAAUGGAAAGAUCCCUGUGGGCUUCACUUUUUUUACUCUUCUCCUUUCUUGUCCAGUUAAAUGCAUAUGGAAGAACACCUGAUCCAGAUGAGAAAAUGGAGGUUUCGAGCCAUCAGACAACUUGUCCAUCAUCGCACAAGCUAUGUGGAACUAAACACUCUACUCCAGAAGCAGCAAGGAAAAGUCCCCAGAAAAUGGAGAUAAAGUCCCUCAAGACAGAGACCAGAUUCCUCCUCUACUCCACUGAAAACGGUGACAGCUGCCAGAUUCACCUUCAUCAUUUAGACACACUUGACCGGUGCAGCUUCAACUCUUCUCUUCCUCUGGUGAUCAUUGUCCACGGAUGGUCGGUAGAUGGAAUACUGGAAAAAUGGAUUUGGCAAAUGGCAACUGCACUGAGGUCUCAGAAAUCCAACCAAGUGAACGUGAUUGUGGCUGACUGGAUGACCUUGGCACACCAACACUAUGCUGUUGCAGUCCGGAACACCCGACAUGUUGGGCAAGAAAUUGCUAAUUUCCUGGAGUGGCUGGAGGAGGCGAUUCAAUUUUCAAGAAGCAAUGUUCAUCUAAUUGGGUACAGCCUUGGAGCGCAUGUCUCAGGAUUUGCUGGCAGCUAUAUUAAUGGUACAAACAAGAUUGGAAGAAUUACAGGUCUAGAUGCUGCUGGUCCCUUGUUUGAAGGCACUUCUCCCACCGAACGCCUGUCACCAGAUGAUGCCGAUUUUGUUGAUGCUAUUCACACAUUCACCCAGGAGCACAUGGGGCUGAGUGUGGGGAUCAAACAGCCAGUGGCACAUUAUGACUUCUACCCCAAUGGCGGCACCUUCCAGCCUGGUUGCCACUUCUUGCUCAUGUACAGACACAUCGCCCAGCGUGGUUUCCAUGGGAUCACAGAGACGGUAAAGUGUGCCCAUGAAAGAUCAGUUCACCUCUUCAUCGACUCCAUCCUAAAUGAGCAUAUGCAGAGCACAGGCUACUGGUGCAGCGAUAUGAACACCUUCAACAAAGGCUUGUGCCUUGAUUGCAAAAAAGGCAGAUGCAACACCCUGGGCUACCACAUCAGGAAGCAGCGGCAACAGAAAAGCAAGAAACUCUUCUUGGUCACACAAGCACACGUUCCUUUCAAAGUUUACCAUUACCAGUUCAAGAUCCAAUUCAUCAAACAAACCGAGGAACCCAUAGAGCCAACCUUCACCAUGACUCUAAUUGGAACUAAAAAGGACACUCACAAUCUUCCCAUCACAUUGGUUGAGGAAAUCAAAGGCAAUAAAACCUACUCUUUACUCAUCACACUGGAUUUGGAUAUUGGAGAGCUGACAAUGAUCAACUUCACAUGGAAAAAGACUGCAAUGUGGGCGAAUGUGUGGGACACCUUCCAUACAAUAAUUCCCUGGGCCACUGAACCACAAAAUCCACAGUUUAUGAUAAAGCAGAUCCGAGUCAAAGCAGGAGAAACACAGAAAAAAAUGAAAUUUUGUUCUCAAAACAUGGAUGAUGUACAACUUUAUCGAAACCAAGAAAAAACCUUUGUGAGGUGUGAAGAAGGUUCAAAACCACAGAAUCAGAGAUUGAGAUGAGCUUUAACUGAAGAUCCAUCAUGAAGAAUAAACUUUCACUUACUGAUACAGAAUAACUUCCCCAGUCAACCUUUAAAAGUCACAUAUCAAACUUGGAUAAAAUCUAAAUUAAAAUUUUCUUAGAAGGGGGAGAGGUAAUCUUCACUAUAAUGAAUAGUGCUUUUAUACCCAUCAUGUUGUUUAGUCAUUUUUUCAGUUGUGUCCAACUCUAUGUGACCCACUUAGGGUUUUCUUGGCAAAGAAGGUGGAGUGGUUUGCCCUUUCCUUCUCUAGCUCAUUUUAUAGAUGAGGAAACUGAGGCAAACAGGGUUAAGAGACUUUGCCAGAAUUACACAGUUAAUAUCUAAGGUCAGGUUUGAACUCAGGAAAACAAGUCUUCCUAACUCCAGGUCCAGUAUUCCAUCCCCUGUAGCAUGUAGCAAUUAGAAAUUUCCCAGUAUAAUAUUUGAUCUAAUAAUAAUAAUAUAUACAUGCUGGUGUGCCUAUGCAUACUGUUAUUUCAGAAGAAUGGAAAGGUGAUCUGUAACUUAUAUAAGAUAUAGUUCACUGUUCAAAUUUUCCUUUCCUUAGACCAAAGGAAAAAAGAGAAAUUCCAACAAAUCAGAUAUUUAGCACCAUGUUGUAAAAAAAAACACCAACAAUGAUGAACUGAGUCGGUCAUUUGAAAGGCAAAAUUCAAACUGGUUUAAGCUCAUAAUUAUUAGUAAUAAUAAGCAAAUUGGGCAAUUAAAGUCAUUUUCAUCACAUGAUUUCCUGUUGAAUAAAUACAGUGUUUGAAACCUGCUAAUGGGGCUGGCACUCACAAAAACUUAAAGAAACCAAUCUGAAAGCAUUUGGUAAACUAAAUAAUUAUGAGUUGACUAACAAAUCCAUUCAAAAGCAUAUUUUACCCAGGAAAUGGGCCACCAAAUAUAGUAACAAUUUGGAUAUUUGCUAUAAAUAUUUUACUGAUGUUAAACAUAGCACAUUAAACAAUCUGAUAUAAUAUCCUCACAAACAUAGUACAUUUUAUUUAAACUACAGUGAUACAUAUUAGUUUGUAUAAACAUGAAUCCACCACCUAUGACUCUAAGAGUCUAUUAUACCUUAAUGACACCAUUUUUUUCCCCCUAUACCAGCAAACUCCCAAGAUAGGGCUUACAGACACCAUUUCUUCUUUUCUUCACUGGAUUCCAGUCAUCCUGCCUGAGGGAAAAGUUGCAGCUUAUCAGUUCCUCCUUUACCUUUCCUCAAAACAAAUAGUAUACAAUAUCUUUGCAUUUUUCCCCCUUCUUUUAAGGGUUUAUAAUUAUGCCUUAUAAGAAAAGAUAAAGGGGAAAUACAAUAACAAAAAAAUGGAGUCAAGUUAUAUUUUAAAGAAAUUUUAUUAAGUUGAUCUUAGUGUAUUAGCUACAAAGGACUGGACCUUACUCUUUUAUAGUUCCUAUUUCCUUUCUGAUUGACACUGUUCUUCCAGUUCUUGUCCUCAGAGACAGUCACUCCUGAUCUGGUUUGAAUGUAGAAUCAGUUUUAGGGUUUUAAAUAAUAGGUUAUAAUAGUAUCAAAUGUCUUGGAUCUUCUAGAAGCAAUUUACCCAAUCCUUAAUCUCAAGAGUAUAGACUCAGAACUAUUCUUUCUCUAUUAUUCCUGAAAAGAGCAAUCUUGAUUAAUUUUCCUAGUUAUGACAUUAAAAGAAAGUCUUGUCUUUGUCCAUUUAGAAUACUGACUGAGAAUGUUUCCUCUUUGUUGAGAAAAAUAUAGAAAAUUAUUUAGGAAAUGCUAAGAUUAAUGAUAAAGUUGGCAGUUUUUUAAAUUGGGGUAAUGUGUUUUUAUUGUUCAUUUUCCUUAGAGUAUUAUUUUUCCAACUUGACACUCUCAGUGGACAAUUAGGUCUCCUGAGGGUGAUUUUCAGGCUUUUAGAAGUAACCCUAUGGGUGCUAUUCCUGUUAUGGUAGCUCACAAGCCCCCACAGGUAAGCUUCCCAAUUAGUUUUUAGUAAAGGAAUUUAGCAAAGUUAGGAAAGUUGGUACAAAACAUUCUCAAGACUUGGGACACAUUCUCCCAGAAAUGCACAUAGCAUCCUUAAGAAGAGUGGGCUCAAACUUAAAAAACAUUGGGUUAUUGGUGUAGCAAAGGGUAAUCACAAGCCUUCGGACUAAAAUCGCUCACAUAGCUCCCUUUGGUCAUAGGUUCUAUCACUAGAUAAAUUGCUCAGUUGAGCUCUCAGAAUCUACCAUCUUGAAUCUAGAAUCUCUCUGCCACAAGGGAUUAUACACUCCAAAGCUGCUUCACUUGGUUGGCUGUGGCUGUUUUUCUGAAUCCAUAAUAAUCCUCUGUGUGUCUCUGCUCCCAGCUGGAUGCAUUAUCGUCUAUUGAUCUGAAGAAACUUUCCUCACUCCUCCUGCCAAUACAAGUAAAGGAGUCUGCCUCUUCAAAGAACCCUUCAGUCUACAAUCCUCAACUUCUAAACUGAUACUGCUGAUAUUUACCCAAUUAUUUAAAAUCCAAAGAGAUAUACCUAGGUUGUUUUCACAACCAAUUAAACUCUUCCUUUCUUUACCCAUUUAAAAAGGUUUGUACCUCAUAAGGUCACAAGGCAAAGACAUCUUAUUUAUAAACUAACACUUCAUCAUGGGUAAUUAUACUGUUGUGGGGUUAUAGAAAAAUUCCUUAGCACUAACUUUAUACUUUGUGAUUACAUUAAAUCAAGGUGGGAGUAGAAAUUCUAUCUUUUAAAUUAUCAUUAUUCUUUAAGAAUAAAAGAAAAACUUAUUACUUAAGUGUGAGGCAAUGUGGUAUCAUGUAUGGAAAACUAGUCUUAAAAUUUGGAAGCCUUAGUUUCAAAUUCCAUUUUUGACACAUGCUGAUUAUGAGAACCUGGGCAAGUCAGUUAGUCAACAAACAUUUAAUAAGUAUUUAGUAUUUUGGGGCAUUGUGUUAUUUUUUUAAUCUUUUAAAAUAUUUUUAAAUUUAUUCUUAACAUUCUUUUUAAAUUUUGAGUUCCAAAUUCUCCCCCUCCCUCCCACAACCUCUCACACUCACUGAAAAGGCAAACAAGAUAUUAAACAUGUGAUAUCAUACAAAACAUAUUUCCAUAUUAGCCAUUAUCUCCAGGAAAAAAAAAGCAAGAAAAAUAGAGAAAAUUAUACUCUAAUUUUCCCCUCAGAGUUUAUCAUUUAUCUCUAUGGAAAUGGAUGGCCUUUUUAAAUGAUGAGUUCAAAUCCUUUCGGAUUGUCUUGGAUAUUGAUCAGAAUAGCCCAGUCUUUCACAGUUAACCAUCAUUACCACACUGCAUUUACUACGCACAAUUAUCUCGUGGUUCUUCUCAUUUCACUUUGCAUCCAUUCAUAUAGGUCUUGCUAUGUUUUCCUGAAACUAUCCCCUUCAUCAUUCUUGCAGGACAAUAGUAUUUCAUCAUAAGCAUACAUCAUAACUUGUUUAACCAUUCCCCAAUUGAUGAGCAUCCCCUUGAUUUCCAAUUAUUUAACAACACAAAAAGAACUGCUCUAAAUAAUUUUGUACAUGGAAAUCCUUUUCCUUUUCCUUUGAUCCCUUUAGGAUAUAAGCCUAAUAAUGGUAUUGCUAGGUCAAAAAGGAUGCACCAUUUUAUCGCCUUUUGGGAUUAGUUCCAAAUAGUUCCCCAGAGUGGUUGGACUAGUUAACUACUCCAAAAACAGUUCAUUAGUUUACCUAUUUUUUCCUCAUCCCCUCUAGCACUUGUCAUUUCAGGUAGAUAUGAGAUGGAAGCUCAGAGUUGUUUCAAUUUGCCUUUCUGUAACCAAUAGUGAUUUAAAAUGUUUUUCAUAUGACUAUAGCUUAAUUUUCUUCUGAAAAAGAUGUUUUUCUUCUUUUGCCAUUUAUCAAUUGAAGACUGUCUCGUUUGUAUAAAUUACUCAGUUCUAUACUCAGUAUAUGUUUGAUAAAUGAGGCCUUCAUCAGAGAAACUUGCUGUAAAAUGUUUUGAUAUCACUUCAUUGUCAAUGGUACAUCUUAGCAAAAUAUAGUUUCUCUGAUAAUUUUAA